CCAGGGCCGUUUCUAGAGGUGCUCAGUCACGGACUCCUGGCCGCCAUGCUGCGCCGGCUGCCCCUCUGGCUGCCAGCUAGGAUGUGGACUGGGACGUCAGAGAAGCAGUCUCAGAGGGACAGAAGCCAGGCCUCUCCUCCAUGUCUCAUCCACAGACUUGACCACGUUGUGAUGACAGUGAAGAGCAUCAAAGAUACCACCAUGUUUUAUUCCAGGACCCUGGGCCUGGAGGUGGUGAGCUUCAAGGGAGACCGGAAAGCCCUGUGUUUUGGAGACCAGAAAUUUAACCUCCAUGAAGUGGGAAAAGAAUUCGAACCCAAAGCUGCUCACCCAACCCCUGGAUCCCUGGACAUCUGUCUGAUCACAGAGCUGCCUUUGAAAGAAAUGAUCCAGCACCUCAAGGCUUGUGAUGUUCCCAUCGAGGAGGGCCCGGUUGCCAGGACAGGAGCAAAAGGGCCCAUUGUCUCCAUCUACUUCCGAGACCCCGACCAGAACCUGAUUGAAGUGUCCAACUACAUCUCCUCAUGAGGGCGUAAGGGUUGGUCUCUGGCCCAUCCCCUAUGCAGUCGCCUCCCCCUUUUUUCCUGCACACCCUCACCUGGACCCAGACACCUCUGAGGACUAGGGACAAAGGCAUGUCACCCAUCCUGCUGGGGGGACCCUACCCAUGGGACAACAUGCCCUCCAUCCCAGCUGCCACAAUACAAUUAUAAUCUCUACAUAA